GAAAAAAAGAGAUCAUGUUUUCAAACAGAGCUAAACCACAUAUAAAAAACAGGGAGAAUGUGCCAGACUGUCUUAUGAUCAAGUAUUUAUAGUAAAGCUAUUAAUGGAAUGGUCACUACACGGGAGUGGAGAUCCUAAAUAUAAAUGAAAAUUCUGAUGUGCUAAUCCUUAACAGUGAAAACUUCAGUGCUGUCCUAAAGGAUAUAACAAAAGGUAAAAAAUCUUUGUAAAUCUGUCUGCAUUUCACAUGGAUAAUUACACCAGUGAUGAAGACAUAGAGGAUGAGUUUGACACCCAGCUCAUCAUUCAACAGAGUUUACAGGAUAUUCACAAGCCGGAAACUACACAGCAGUCACCUGAAGAUGAGAGCUUUUUGAUUGCAGACUGUAAGAGGAUAGUUGAAACCAUAGAGACAGGUAAGGAAGAUGUAUUGUCAGGGUUGACCAAGUACCAUUCUGCUUUUGAUGAAGUAGAUGAGAUAGGCUGGCUUCCUCUACAUAAGGCUGCAGUGCAAUUAAAUAAGAACAUUUUGGAAAUAACCCUGAAAGCUUCAAAACCCAGUGUGUGGGAGCAAACCACCCACAAUGGUGAAACACCACUUUUUUUGGCUGUCAGCAAUUGCCUCUUAGAAAAUGUCUGUUUUCUUCUUCUCAAUGGCUGCAAUCCAAAUGCCAAGAAUGUCGAAGGCAAUUCUCCUCUUCUUACAGCUGUUCUACAGGACUCCUACAAUAUGGCCGCCUUGCUGAUCAGCCAUGGAGCAGAUGUCAAUCUGCGGUGUGCCAACGAGAGGACAGCUCUCCACGAAGCAGCCAGGCUGGGCAGACGGGACAUAGUGAAGCUCCUGCUGGUUUCUGGGGCACACCCUGACCCAAAGAGCUCCUAUGGAUUCACUCCUCUUGCUCUUGCUGCCCAAAGUGGACACACUAAAAUCAUGGAACUAUUACUGCAGAAAGGAGCUAAUGCUCUUGGUCAGGCCUCUGAUUCUUCUUCCAUCUUACUUGAAGCAGCUAGUGGAGGAAAUCCAGACUCUGUGACUCUCUUGCUAGAGUAUGGAGCUGAUGCCAACAUCCCUAAGAAUUCAGGCUACCUGCCCAUUCAUGUGGCAGCUGACAGAGGCCACUUGUUAGCUCUGAAGAUUUUGGUUCCAGUUACGGAUUUUGCUGCCAUUAAGCGGAGUGGCAUCAGUCCAGUUCACUGUGCAGCAGCAGGAGCACACCCCAAAUGCCUGGAACUUCUCAUCCAGGCUGGAUUUGAUGUGAAUUUCAUGCUAGAUCAGAGAAUUCGCAAACACUAUGAUGACCACAGGAAGUCAGCUUUGUAUUUUGCUGUAUCAAAUGGUGACCUCUCUUCAGUUAAGCUGCUUCUGAGUGCUGGAGCUCUGCCUAAUCAAGACCCAGUUAACUGCCUCCAGAUAGCCCUAAGGAUGGGCAACUAUGAGCUGAUAAGCCUGCUGCUACGGCAUGGGGCCAACGUUAAUUACUUCUGCAAAGUCAACCCUUUACAUUUCCCAUCAGCACUUCAAUACACGCUGAAAGAUGAAGUCAUGCUCAGGAUGCUGUUGAAUUAUGGGUAUGACACAGAGCGAUGCUUUGAUUGUCCUCAUGGAGACAAAGUUCAUCCUUUCUAUACUUUUGAAGGCUGGACAUCUACAGUUAUCAAAGAUACUAUGUUCUGCGAAGUAAUAACUUUGUCAUGGCUGCAACAUCUCUCUGGAAGGGUUGUUCGAGUGAUACUUGAUUAUGUUGAUCAAGUUAGGAUCUGUUCAAAGUUGAAAGCUGUGCUCCAAAAACAGAGGCUCUGGUCAGAAAUCCAUUUUAUCUUGACAAACCCUCGCUCCCUGAAACAUUUGUGCCGCCUCAAGAUCCGGAAGUGUAUGGGACGUUUACAUUUGCGCUGCCCCAUCUUCAUGUCAUUUCUUCCGUUACCCAAUCGUCUAAAGGCAUAUGUCCUUUACAAAGAAUAUGACCUUUAUGAACAAGGAAUUUUCACGGGAACCUGGUAAUCAAACUAUUCCGGAUGAAAAGGACAACAAACUGCCCCUCACUACUGGCUUGGUUUGGUCUACUGGAAGCAGCUAUCAACCGACUUUGUUCUUCUAAGUCCUAGUGGAAAAGACAGAAAAGAAACUUAAAGUUAAUUGUUUGCAAUCAAAUAGGAAACUAAGCAGUUAAAUACAUACUUGAGAGCCACUUCAACUCUUCUGUCAUAAAUAUGUGUGCAUAAUUCUGGCAACUUACUGAAAAGAAAGACUACACACAACCAAUGCAACACCAAAGUAAAUUUUGACACUUUUCUAGAAAGCCUAUAAAAGCCAACAUGUCACUCUUCUCCAUUUUUAUGGCCAACAACUUACAUUCAAGCCAUCAUUAUCUCUCAUUAUAAACUACAGAAAAGGCUCAUAAUGAAUCACUCCACAUCCCCUCCCUUCCCUCUCUCUAAUAUAUAUGUAUGUGUGUGUGUGUAUACACAUAUACACAACUACCAUUGAUGAAAGCCAUAUAUAUAUCUCUUCUCAAAAGACCUACUUUAACAGAGACAACCUUCCAACCUCUUCUGGAAUAUGUAGUAUGUUUGCUAAACAGCAAGUCACACUACAUGUCAAUAUAACUAUAAUGUAAACAUUGUAUCAGAAGACAGAUGUCAGGAAUUCCCUGGCAGUCCAGUGGUUGGGGCUCCGAGCUCUCACAGACGAGGCCCCUGGUUCAAUCCCUGGUUGGGGAACUAAGAUCCCACAAGCCGUGCGGUGCAGCCAAGAAGACAGAUGUCAUCCUUUUCUACUAUGCUAUGAAUACUCUGGUUAUGCAUGAAGUGGCUGAGCAAGUAGAAACAGACCUUCACUUGAAAAUUCCAAUAUGAAAGUCACAGUGCUGAAUUAAGGAAACUCUUCAUAAACAUCAUAUCUAGUCAGAGAAGAUCUAGACAUUAGGACUGCAUACCUUUUCAAUUUGUUUUUGUUUACUGAGUUCUUUCUGUUGCUUCUCUUUUACUCUCUCUAUUUCUUUUUGUUUUUCUGAUGCCCUGCGAUCCUGAAGACCAGAUGAAUACAACUAAUGAAUUAAAUAUGAAAUAACUUUAAAUUUUAACUUGUCAAUUAAUAUUACCUUUGUAACCUUUUCAAUUAUUUGCAUUUAUGAGAAAGCACACCAAAAAUUUACAUUCUAAUGUUAGCCAUUUUUCCAAAUUCUAAAUGCUAUGUAACAGCAAUAGCAUCUAUUGUUAACCUUGCAUAGCAAAAUCAUUUUUAUUUACUUGCUAAUAUGAAAGAUCUUAUAUUACUUUAGUUAACAUUCUUGGAUAAUUAAGUGUCUUGGAUUCUUACCAGUUCUGCAUGCAAAGCUAUCUGUUUUGCCAGUCCAACAGAAUCACAAAUCUAAAGGGGGAACAAGUAAGAAAAACUCAGGCAGUUCUUACAUCAAAGCAAUAAUUUCAAGUAUCCAAAUGGCUGAUGUAACUAGUUUUAUAACUCAUUUUAAUACACUGCUUCAAACAAAAGCUGAUUUAAGAAUGUUCCAGCCCCAAAACCAAUCCUUUGUGUAUUUUCUUCAGAGUCUAUGAGCUCCCACUGCUGGCUCUCACCUCUUUCACAUACCCCACUUCUUGUUAUCUCAAAUUCAUUACUGAGAUGGUAAAGUUGCAAAGAACAAAGCAAACAGCUGCUGCUGCUACUCUAAGAUGAAGACAUUUGGAAAUGGCUGAUUAUGGGAAUAUUUUGCAUUCCCAGGAUAAGUUAACGAAGCCAGAAGAUUGCAACAGCUAUCAAUGGCCAGGAAGAUACAGGUUUGUGGAGUCAGAUGGCCCAACCCAUCAGCUCAGCUCUCUUCAAAACAAGAGGCUUUGGUCAACCAACUCAGUUGGACUAGGCAAAGUUUGGGAGUUUUUCUCCAGAAAUCUUAGUAAGAACUUUGACUAUGACACGUAUUUCACAACAGAAACACAUUUUGAAAAGCCACGUACCUUUUCACCCUCAUUGUUUGAUUCAAAUAUAUAGCAGACUGAUGACAGAUUACUUUCACUUCUCCCUCCUGAUGUCCGAAGAACAAAUCCAAAAAGCCUCUUAUUUUCCUGGUGUGUAGCAUACAAAACUACACUGGGUAAUGGAAACUGCCACAGAAAACAUCAGAAGCAAACAUGAAAUUUUUCAAACCAUUAAAACAGCCCUCAUAUAUGACAAACUCACGUACUAAGUUAUUUAAUAUCCUAAAUAGAACAUUAGAGUCAAUUGUUUUUCUUAACCUAAUGGUAAUCCAAGAACAAACAAUGUCAUAUUUGGUUUGGAUUGUCAGGAAAAUUAAAAGAUUGUUGAAUACUGAAUUUGUUUUAUUAGUCAUUAACACAUUUUACAAAUUCAAAUUCAGUAACAAAAAUGGUCUAUAUUAUUAAAUGAAUUAAUAGAAGCACAUGCCUGCGGCUAUUUCAAAACAGAUAAUUAUAAAAUAAACUCAAUCAUGUUGGCCUUUUAAUCCCUUAAUUUAAUUUUUAGUUUCUUUAGUGUAUGAUAUAUGCUCCCUAACUGAGGGAUAAAUAUAAAUACUAAGUAUCACACCAGAUUGCAUUGAUUCUUUAAGUUACAUGGAAUGUUACAACUUUUUUGGAGAGAUAGCUAUAGACUCAAUUAUAACACCCUAAAGACCAAUCAUAAUUCAUGCUACCAUAUCUGAAUAUACAGAAUCAGGAUUAUUAUAAAGAUGUAAGAUGUGUAUAUGUACAAAGAGACUUAAAAUAAAGCUUUAAACAUGCAGAACUCACCAUGAGCCUUGUAACUUGUGUCUGUGGAUCAAUUAACCUAUAAUAAUAAUUAAAAAUUUGGGAGACAAAUUUUAAUUAGGCAUGUAAACAUUUUUUUCCCACAGUUUUUUGAGGGACAGGUUACUACUUACUUUAAACAAUCACAAGAGACUAAUAAAUGUGAUUCUGUCAUACGAAAGAUGUUAUGGAUGGCCCGGGCAGCUAAGAUUUGGCGCAUUGUUUCAUAAACAACAUCUGGAUUGUCAUCUGACUUCACCUCCAUAGAACCAAGGAAUCGGACAAUAAACAACUGAUGAAGAAUAGAAUCUACAACAAAACAAGUUGCGGCAUGCGGGCUUCUUAGUUGCGUCAUGCGGACUUCUUAGUUGUGGCAUGCAUGCAGGAUCUAGUUCCCCAACCAGGAAUCGAAGCCAGGCCCCCUGCAUUGGAAGCACAGAGUCCUACCCACUGGACCACCAGGGAAGUCCCCUAGAUAACGUUUUCUAAUAAACCUGUAGCACAUGUAUUACUCUCAAGAAUUUUUAAAAUAUUGUCAUGAUGUAAAAAUAGGACCGUCAACUUUCUUCUGUAAUUUUAAGAGUAAAUACCUUAGAAGUAGAUCUGAUAAACAAUUCAGAAUUGAGUAUUAAAACUAAAUUAUCUUAACUCAUUUAACUGUGGCAAAAAACAGAGAAAAGCCUGCAUGAUUCUUCUUCAACUAUCAAAAUUCUGUUAGGUAAUUAAACAAAGAAAGUAAAACACAGCUGAUGCACAAGAUAUGUGAGAGAUGGCUGUCAACUGUAGAAAUUGGCUCAUAAGCCUUACAGCCCUACAGACCUGCCUAUCACCCACCUGCCUCCCUGGCCAGAGGCUUUUGCCUGGCCAGGCUGAUCUUCACACACAGGAGAAAUGAUGUCAAACUGUAUUGGGGUGUCUGGGGCAACGAGAGAAUCUAGAGAGAGGGCAGCCAAAUUUGUGGACUCAGAUGCUAUGGAUCCUGAACUGCUGGUUCGAGCUGUCAGUGGCCGAGAUUGUCUAAGCACAGAAGAAAACAA